AUGAUAUUUCGUUCUAAAAAUCGACAAAAACAACGACGCUCAUAUUUUCAAUCUCUUGCACCAGAAAUAUUUCUUCAUAUAUGUACAUAUCUUCCACCAGUAGAUUUACUUUCACUUUCAAAAGUUUGUAAACAAUUUUAUAAUGACCUUAGCAUCGUUGAAUCAUCGACAAUUCAAAAAAUUUGGCAACAAUCAAGACUUAAAUUUAUGCCGUACAGAACUUUAGGACCACCAAAAGGAAUGAAUGAACGAGAUUAUAUUAGGAUCUUGGUUGAAGAAAAAUGUUUAUUUUGUGGUAAAAAGAGUAGAACUUCAAAGAUUUAUUGGGAUAUUGGUGUUCGUGCAUGUAUAUCAUGUUUUAAGAAACGAACUAUCACAGGAUAUCAAUUGUUUUGUUCCGAUCCUACAGCAUGCAAAAUUCUUAAAUUCGUUCCAUACACAAAGGCUAAAAACGGGACAAAAACUUAUUGGAAGUUUUUAAUCAAGUCUAAAAUCAAUGAAUAUAAUUCACUUUUUGAACUUGAUCGAUUUGAAUGGUUCUGUCAACAAUCUAAACAAGUUGAAUCAAUUGAGUGUGAAUUAGCUUCAAGAUGGCACGAAGAUCAUGUAAACAAGUUUAAGCAAUUGAAUGCGAAUUAG